UGGCGGUACAAAUUUUCUGUAAUGGCAACAACUAGUCAGCCAUUUUGGAUUUUAGUAGUUAGACGACCGUCCGUCUCAAAAAAACAAUUGUUUUCAAUCUACCUGUUAUUUAUACACAAAUAUAACGCGAGUGCAACGUAUCAAACCGACCGACAUUCUCGCUACUUCAGCGUCCGGACCGAGUCUUGACCACUGCUCGUUGCGGCGGGCCCGAUCAGCUGUCAGGAACCUUUGACGUGUAGAACACAAACAAAUUUGUUAACGUGCUAUGCUGUUAACAUGAACGCCACUUUUUACGAGCAACUGGGCGGCGUUGCGGGGGUUUUUGAGCAGUGGGGCGCCUGCGAGCGGACGGUGGUCGCCUGCGCUUUGGCGCGGCGAGUGCCCGUGCCGGGGCUGAGGCUCCUCCAGAGGGCUGUGGACGCAGCUCUAAGAGACCACGGGCCUGACGAGAGACUCGAGAGGGACGCUAAUGACGAGACGGUCCUCGCCGGGCUACUUGAUGAUGACGAAGAUGAGGGCGAAUGUCUCCGUCGUCUGCUGACGCUACUCCCGCUCCUGCGGACAGACAACGCGGCCGCCAAGGACCUCUACGUGUCGGCGGCGCCGCGGCUGGUGCAGCGGUGUGUGGACUCGCGACGGUUUCCUGAACUGUGCUUACAGUUGUUAAGAUAUUUGUUGGUGCAUCCUGCGCUCACAGCUAUGGAUCAGAGAACCCUAACACAAUGGCUCCGCUACCUAGAAAAUCACAUGUCCGGCGCCCGACCUGACUCAGUUUGGCAACAGCCGAGCCUCCCCGAACACAACAUAUGGGGCGCCUCCACCUUCCGACGCACCAUCGGCAAAAAUGUCGACUAUAGACACCUCACCGACCCCAUAGAAUUGACUUUCUCUACAGAUUUACUACAAGAAUCCUUCUCAAAGAACGGACGAGAUGUAGACAUAAGUUUAGAAGGAGACAAGCUAAACUUCGACGCUUGCAUAUCGCAGCCAAAAUCCCAAAGAUCAAGCAGCUUAACCCCACCUUCAACAAACUUCAUACACAUGUCUUCGUCCGCUGAAAAUUUAGCAGAUGAACCGUUCGUUCAGAAACCUAGAAGUUUUUCUUUAUCGAGUGAACAUAGUUUAGGAAUAAGGCCUAUCAUAAUGUAUGGGACGACGGGGAGUGAGACAAGACUUGAUGAUUUGAGGUCGAAUAAGUUUACAGAGUUUCCGGGGAUGUUGACGGUGGCUCAGUGGUUAAAGAGCUUGAGGCUACAUAAGUAUGUGUGGUUGUUUACUAACAUCAGCUAUGAGCAGAUGAUGGCCAUGGAUGAAGAGUAUUUGGAGAAAUUAGGUGUAACAAAAGGCGCUCGCCACAAGCUUUUGCUCUCCAUAAACAAACUCCACGAACGACCCGCCAUACUAGACGGAGUGGCCGCCGAGCUCACCAGCGGAGCGCCCCAAGCCGCCGCGAGAGCCCUAGAGCGACUCAGACAAGUGUUGUUGAGCCCUAUGCCUCCGGAGUCACCUCUACCGGCCCAAAUAGUCAGUGUUUUGGAGACAGCAUCAACAUGUAUCCCAGAAACCACAGUGCCGAUGCGAGACAUAGAUGACGAUGAACAGCGAGACCCCAUGUCGUUACAUUGUUGGCUUGUCGAAAAGGCGCUCCACCACGGGUCGUUCCGCGCCGCCCCCCUGCAGGCGGCGCUGCGGCGGCUGCGGCACCGCCUGCCGCCGCGCACCUUCUACCGCCACGUCGGCGACCAGCCGCCCCGGCGAGCGCCCAAGCCGCGCUGGCGCGCCGGGCCGCACUACCCGCGCGCCCCCCGCCCCUGGGCCCCCUCCCCCUCCCCCCUCCCCCACCCCCCCCCGCCGCGGCCCAAGUCGCACUCGUACCCGCCCUUCCCGCCCGCCGCCGCCGCCGCGCUGCUCCGCCCCGCGCCCAAAGACGACUACUCCAGCCUCGACGCGCUGUGCCUGCAGAUGACCGAGCAGGCCAUCAACUGAACCCGGGAGGUUGUACGAUUUCACAUUGGUAUGAAUUACGAAAACAUUUCUACUGAAAAGUAGGCCCGGUCCCCGCCUCCUCCCCGCUUUGAGACUAAGCGGGCCAUCAUUUUUACAUCGGUGUCGAGGAUGAUUUGAAAUAGAGAAGGAUUGUCGUGGUAAAUUAUGUAGCCGCAGUAAAUUACUGCCAUCUUUCUACCGAAGGUUAAAACUUUUAGAACGCCGUUUGAAUUUAAUCCUUAUUCUUUCCCUGAUAUGUGUUAAAUUUGUUUAAACUGGGCCAAAGGUGUGGUGCAAUCUUUUCGAACGAUAACGCCGUACCUUUGACCUAGUCCCGAGUAGAUGAUGUAAUUUUUUAAUAUUUAACAAAUUAAAAAAUAUCAGUGAAAAAAUAAGGAUCAAAGUCAGAUGGCGUUCUAAAAGUUCCAAUCUUCUGACGAAAAUCGGUAGUAGAUAUACUGUGGCUUCAUAAUUUACCAUGACAAUAAUUCUCUAUACACUCUAUUCUCUUUGUCGAUAUGAAUACGUAUAAUAUAUAAAAUGAAACAUCUUAACCUAUUUCUACUAAAAAGUAGUAAGAAUUAGAGACCUCUGCCCCGCAACGUAAAUUCGAUUCCUAACAAGUUUCACCCUAUUUCAACAUAUACACAAAUGUAAAUCAAAAUGAUGCCAAACAUACCAAUAGUUAAAAUUCUAACAUACCAAUGUUAAAUAUUUAUGCUGAUAAGGUAGGGACGGUUUGUAUUAAAAUUAUGAAAAUGAAACACAAAACUCAGUUGCUAGAACGACUUUAUUAUGAAAUUGCCUAAGUUUUAUAGGCAGAUAUUAUUGACAUUUAAUCAAAUAAUCAGUCGAAACAUGUAUAAAUUAUACUUGCAUUAUUAUUAAUUAUUUUUAUUCAUUGUCUAAUGGACCUAAAUCGAAUUAUUCGCAAUAUGAUAUCUUAGACUAAAGUUAUUUGCUUUGUAGCAAUUUGAAUGUAUAUUUAUUAUCAAUUUUAUGGCACAAUUCAUAUGCAUAGACAUAUAGAUUUCUUAGCGGAAUCCUUUAUUUUAAUUAUUUAUUUUGUUUGACAGUUCGCGAUGUGAAUUCGCACGAACUUAUUUUUAAAUAGGUUAAAGGUGUUAGACACAAUCCGUAUUUCGAUCCAAUUUUGCUUAUCAUGAGAUGAGACAAUCUUAACUAGGUACAACUAAGUUACGCGUCGUUUUCGACGCAACUUGUAAGAAAAUAUUAAAUCAAACCAUAUUGUCUCUUUCAUCAAAUCAGAUCGAAAUUGGUUUGUGUAACUGCGACAUAAAUGUAUUUUUUUGUAAAUAAAUGCUAGAGAAAUGAUAGGGUAUGCUUUAAAUUAUAUAGGCAAUGACGAAUAGAUGCCUCGGAGAAAAUACAAAUUAUUCCUAAGAGAUAGUACCUUAACGUAUAUUUACGACCAUUUAGCCGCAAGGGACGUUAUGCUGUAGCUUUUUUAUUAAAAAAUAUUUCGGUGAAUGUAACAGUAAGCUUUCGACACGUUAAAUAUUGACCUGUAAAGUUUUAAAGUGGAAAUGCAUAUGCUACACAAUAUUAUACAGUAGUUAGUCAAAUUCGCUAUUGCACUCCACUCAGUUGACAGCAAAAACUUUUUACAGUGCUUGUGUGUUAGUGUUAAUUACUGAGACUGAAGGUUUACAGCAGUACAAACAAGCGUAAUAAAAAUGGUCGAUUUUGAAAAGAAAUUUCUAUCAAAACGACCCGUAUUUAUUUUGCCUGUGAGCGUAUUUUUUGCUGUCAAUAUACCCGUAUUUAUUUUACCUGCGAGCGUAUUUUUUGCUGUCAAUAUUUCUUUAACUUCACCGUUGAUAUACGUAAUAAUACUUAGAAAUAUCGCUUCCAAUAGUAUUCUAAUAAAAUUCGACGACAUCGAGCUGUAUUCUAAGGACCUACCGCUCACUAUCGCUCUAACACAGCGGUUCUUAACCUUUUUCCAUCCACGGACCCCUAGGAAAUCAAGCACAAGUCCAAGGACCCCUUAAUAAUAAACUAACUGAAUGCAAAUAAACUACUUGAAUACUACUACUUGAAUAUAAAAAAAUCAGCAAUACAUUUGAGACCGGUGAGAAUAGGUGAGACUGCGGCGGACCCCCGUACAUAUACUCGCGGACCCCCAGGGGUCCGCGGACCACAGGUUAAGAAACACUGCUCUGACAUAUUCGUGCGAUAGAGAGGCAGGUAAAAAAAAACAGAUUUUAGUUUUUCGCGGUAAGGCCUUUCAAUUUCUCUUGUGCUAGGCGCAAGUUUGAGUUCAGCUUUUUGGCAGUUUGAUAUGAGAACGUUGUUAGAUUUUUUUUUUCAAUUGAAAAUUUGUCAUAUUCUGAAUUAUACUAUUCCCAAUACAUGAGAUGAUUUUAAAAUGGCAUUAACAAAACCCUAAACCGAAACUUGAAUUGAGCGUUUUCAUAGCAAAUUGUAGAUGUACAUAACUAGUUUAGGCGAAACGGCCUAAAUUGUACGUACGCGUGAAAGGGAUAGCGAAUCCCAUUUGUCCUUUGUAUGAACAGGACAAAAAUAUGUGUAUGGUAGUUCCCUUGGCCAAUAGUCCAGAGACUUUUCUGCGCGAUACUCAAAAAAUCGGGAUCCAAUUUAUCGUGUAGUGUAAUAGCGCUUUAAGUUUAUCGUGUAAGCAUCCGUCCCUUUGAGAGCUCGAAAGUACGGAUGUAUAAAGUUAGCAUUUUUUCUAAGAAUGGAAUUUUUACGCGCGUUUUAUUACAUUAGUGAGGUUCGAAAUGGUUUUUUGCGCGGAUUUCAAUCCGUCUUGCUUGCUUCAGUUAGGUAGUAAACUAACUAUAUUACUUUCUCUCUAGCAGAUGCCUCUAGUUUUAAGAGGGUAAAACGCGCGUAGAAGAUAGAUCUUUAGAAAAUAAGCCUAACCGAGGUAGCGUGGAAAGCCGGAGAUGUGAAUAUUUGUGUCGGCAAAUUAAACAUCUAAUAGAUAUAUAUGUUUAUUUGAUUUUGAGGUCUCAGACGUAACAAUCUGACUGCACUUGUUUCAUCUCUUGCGAUCAGAAAUGCCUUUUAACAGAUUGAUAAGAUUUGUCAGUUAAAUUGCUUCGUCUGUAGAGCCCAUAAUCCAGCGCGCCUAUUAGUCGCAUUUUUAUGGUAUAUCGUUGGGGAUAAACCUAAUCACUCUCAAACUUGUCAGUCCAUGGCGCGAGUCUUAUCCACGGCUAUAAACAAUAAAACUGACCAUAAUAGGACAAAUGUGCCGUUUUCAAACGGUAACUUAUUGUCGGUUGUGAUAAGGCAUUAUUCCCAUGUGAUGCGAUUGAGGAUAUUAUGAUACAUUUUUCCUGAAAACAUCACAAAAGAAAUGAUAGUUUAAUUUGUCGACUGAUGUCGUGUUGUCGCUUGUGUCGUGUCGAUUGUUGACUUUGUUAAAUGUUAUAUCGCGUAAGCCGUGUACAUCAUUACGCGGUUAUCACACUGAUGACCCGCACGCCACUACGGUGUGUGAGCGAGACGGCGCUAUAGCGGUAUCCCGCUUACACAUCAUAGCGGCGAACGGAUCGAAUGUGAAGACCGUUAAUGUAGUUAGACCUAAUCGUUGACUGAAUGCAUAAUUUAUGUAAUUUCAAAACUUUUUUUACACAUUUUUAUUAAUUUAUCAGCAAUAUUUAUUUUGACUGGAUCAAAAGUUUGAUGGAACGUGUGCAAUUUUGCGUAUUUUAAGAUUAAUUGUAAAUAUGUUAUUUGCGUAAAUAAGUUAUUGUUUUGUACAAAUGAAAUACCGUUGACCAGAUUUAGAUUAAGCCGAUUGCAGUCUGUCUCAGGCCACCAAAAUAUAGUUUUUUAAUAGACAAAGAUUCUAUAUAGUAGCGAAUAUAUUCCAAGGCUGUACCAUUGCUUCUUUACUUGAUUUCGGAGUUUAUUGUUUAGCGGACUGUGAUAUGUGGUUUGUUUUACGAUCAUGUUUAUCGGCACUAAGAAUAUAGCAUAAUGUGACAGUU